AUGAAUAGGUGCCUCUUCCAGCGCAUUGUGAACUCCCUUGGACAGUGGUCUCACUAUUUCACUUGUAGGACAGAUUGUGCGGGUCGGGUAGGUCUCUCACCAUUGCAAAAGUGCACAGCAGCCAUGCGCAUGCUUGCAUAUGGCACUCCUGCUGAUUCCCUUGAUGAGUACCUUAAGAUUGGGAAGUCCACUGCAUUAGAAUGCUUGGACAAGUUUGCACGGGGGGUGAUUGAGGUGUUCGGUGGGGAGUAUUUGAGGCACCCCACACGUGAGGAUCUUGAGCACAUACUACAUGUUAAUGAGUCACGUGGUUUCCCUGGAAUGCUAGGAAGUAUAGAUUGCAUGCAUUGGCGUUGGGAGAAGUGUCCUUUAGCAUGGAGGGGGCAAUUCACUCGUGGUGACUAUGGAGUACCAACUAUAAUUCUAGAAGCUGUUGCUACCCAAGAUCUGCAUAUAUGGCAUGCUUUCUUUGGAGUUGCUGGUUCAAACAAUGAUCUCAAUGUAUUGAACCAGUCUCCACUAUUUUUUGAUGCACUAAAGGGACAAGCCCCUCAAGUUCAUUUUUUAGUUAAUGGUAAUGAGUAUAACACAGGUUACUAUCUUGCUGAUGGUAUAUACCCAGAAUGGGCUGCCUUCAUGAAAACUAUAUUAGUUCCCCAAACCGAGAAGCAUAAGGUUUUUGCCAAGCAACAGGAAGGGGCAAGGAAAGAUGUGGAGCGUGCUUUCGGGGUAUUGCAAUCACGUUUUACCAUUGUUCGUCGGCCUGCACGGUUGUGGAAGCGCAAGAGUGUUAGGAGGAUCAUGUUAGCCUGUGUGAUUCUCCACAAUAUGAUAGUGGAAGAUGAGAAAGAAGAUGGGACCUUACACAUUGACUUGAAUGAAAGUCCAGGGGCAUCAUGUGCUCUACCUCCUGAAGUGAAUGUUGGUGGCAACUUGUGCUUCGUUGAUGUGCUACGACCUUACCAUGAUGUGAUUGUUGUUGGUGGUGCUACUAGUGUUUCUUACAAGUAUGUUCUCUAA